AUGGCCACCGAGAACGAUCACGUCACCGAGAACACCACGGGCGCGACCACUGCUGCCCAGGAGACGCCCGUCGCCGAUGCUAAGGGUAAAGGCAAGGCCACCGCGACCGCUGAGGAUGUCCCCGCCGAUGUCGCUAUGGACGAGGAUGAUGACGAUGAGGACGAGGACGAGGAUGAGGCUCCCGAGGAUGCCGAGGAGGAUGACGAGAGUGGCAACCCCGAGGAGGCCAUCUCCCUAGAGAACGUCGUGGGCCGUCGCACGCGCGGAAAGAUUAUCGACUUCGCCAAGGCCGCCGAGGAGAACCCCGCCGACGAGGACGAGGACGAGGAUGACGAUGAGGACUUCGAGGAGGAUGACGACAAGAUGGACGAGGACUAG